GUUGCCUUGGUGAUACUCUGUUUACAAAUGGAAGACGUAAAUUUGACGGAAUGGAAGUAGUAGAUGAGCAGUGGAAAAGUGGUGUUGUGGGACGUCUUUCAAAUGCAUUGCAGAGCGAUGACAAAAGACACAGGAAAAAGGCACUGGAAGAAAUUUCGAAGGAGAUGUUAUGUGAGCGAUCAGAAAUUAGAAACAAUCUUGUUCCAAUAUUGAAAAUGUGUCUUCGAUGUUUUUCUGACAAAGCAGAAGUUUGUCGGGAAGCAGCAGUCCGCAUAGUUACCGAGGCAGUGCAGUUAAUACCUAAUGUCGAUGAACAUAUUAUAUCCUAUAUAUUACCGGUGUUACUGCAACGAAUUGGGGAUAAGGAAAUAAAUGAGCCGUCAGAAGAAGUGAGGUUAAGUUUAGUGAUUUUGUUACGCAGUGUCAUUGUUAAAUGUUCUGACAAGUUAGUACCUUUCAUCGAGGAUGUAAUAACUAUUCUUUCUCGUACCAUUCCUGAUCCAUAUCCAAAAAUCAAAAAAGAAAGUUGUGAUUGUGCUACUGAGUUGUCAAAGUUGGUCCCACAACAUGUUCACGAACACACGGAGCUUUUAAUAAAGCCACUUCUCCAGAAUUUCUUGUUUCAGCAAUACCGGAUUAGAUCUGCUGCCAUAUUUACAGUAGGUACUGUGAUUCGUUAUGGCAAGAGUAAAUGUAUAGAGACUGUGGCUGUGCCACUGGCAGAGCGUCUCUUUGAUUCAGUGCCAGCUGUACGCCGAGCUGUCACCCAGGUCGUGGCAGACUGGCUGUGCAACCUACCAGAUCGUUAUUCAUUUUUUCAUCGUUUGGUACCUCUAGUCUUAACAAGCUUAAGUGAUGAACUUGAAGAGAUUCGUGUGGAAACAUGGCAGCUUUGGGAGAAUAUUGGGCUACAGUAUGCUAAAGAAAAUGAAAAUGACUUGAAAGACAAACUGGAUUUCUUGGCAGAAAGCUGUGAAGAUUAUCCCACUGGUCUUAGACGCCCUAAUCUGGGAUGUCGUGAGCUGGUUCAAAGGCAGCUGAUGAAAAUAGUGGCUGCUGUCUGUGGAGACAUUUGUGACUGGCGCGCAGAUGUGCGGAUACGAGCAGCACAGCUGGUUGUGGUACUGUUGCAACAUGCAGAGCAGCAUAUCAUGCAGCACUUGGCACGCCUACUUCCCACACUUGUGCGCACAGCUCGUGAUGAUGAAAGUGUGGUUGUUGAGAAUGUGGAACGUGGAUGUGAACUACUAGGACAUUUUGUACCUGCUGAACUAUGGAUAAAACUGCUGUUACCACCACUAGAGGAUUCUCCAAAUGAUGGUGCACUUCGUAUUCUGGCAGCAACAGUUCGUGGAGCUCAGCCCUCUAAUUUUAGAGAACACAUACCUGUAAUUGCUGAAUUUCUUGCACACAAAAAUAUCUGCUGGUCGAGACAGGCUCCAUACCAGGAACAGCUGCUACGUUGUUGUACAGCCCUUAUCAGUAUAGAUGCAGAGAGCAGUUCCACUGCACACCAACAUCUCUUCUUUGUUAUUAUUUCAGCUCUUGGACUGACAAAUGAGCAGAAAAUUGCAGAUGAUGCUGUAGGUGUGCUGAAGCUGCUGGGCAAUAAUGAGAAAUGUGAUUUAGAGGGGCUAUUUGAGAAAUAUGCAUUGUCAGUGUUAGAAGAUCUGCAGAGAACAGCAGAAUCAUGGUCUGUAUGCAGUUCAGAGCGAUUCAUCUUUGAAGCCAUAUUGAGACACUCAGGGACUGUGUUUGGUCUUCAUGCAGAUACCAUCCUCUCCAUAUUAAAAGCAACAAUGAAACCAGACAAUGAUGCUGAAAUGAGAUUGAAGAGCUUCACCAUUUUGUCAGACAUCCUCAAGGAGAAAGAGAAGAACUUGGAACGAGCCCAGGAUGCUGGUUUAUUUCUAAUAUCCUUUCUUCAAGAUGUGGCAGUUCCAAACAUGGCAUGGCGUGCAGGCCGGUCAGCAGAGGCUGUGCGUACUGCAUGUGUGGCAUGUGUAUGGGCAGCAGUGAACCCUGGAGUCUGUGGUGUCCUUUCUGAUCCACAUGUUCUGGCACCAGUUGGCUCUGCUCUUUUCCCAGCCCUGCUUGCUUUAAUUGAAGACCAGGCCCACCGAAGUCGCCUUCUUGCGUUGUAUUCUCUUUGUCGGCUGAUAGUGAUUAGUAGAUCUGCAGGGCUGUUCAAUGCAGAACACAUACGGCAGAUAUAUCCAGUGGUGUUAAAGCGGCUAGAUGAUGUUAAUGAUGAGGUACGAACUUCAGCUGUGGAAGCACUUGUGCUGCUGUUUAAUGACCUGCCAGCUGAGUAUAGUGUCGAGACUUCCAUUGCCCACAUUGAGACACUGUACAGCACUAUGCUCAUUCACCUAGAUGAUCCAGAUGAAGCAUUCCGUGGCAUCAUGUUCCGGGCACUGAAGGACUUGUCACAUUUGAGUCCGAGCACACUUCGGGGAAGAUUAGAGUCCAUGCUGCACAAUUUCCGCAAUGAGAAGGCUUGCAGACAGUUACUCGAUCAUUUGACUAACAUACCUGUACUGGAAAGUACCAGUUGAUGAAUAUUAAACAACAAUGCUCGGUGUACAUUAGUUCUAAAGCAGAAUGCCGAAGUUAUACACAGUGGAAUCAAUAAUUAUUUUAUGUAUUAUAUUAUGUAGGUAACUCCUUUGUAAGAAAUAAUGUUUCAAAGUGAGGACUGUUUGCUUGUAAUAUCCAUAAAAAUAUUUCCUUGUCUAUUACCAGAACGAGGAUUUUUUAAAUUGUUAAUAAAAAAAGUGAAGCAGAAGCAAUACUGCAUAAGUCAAACACAGGCAAAAAUAGGUGAGAAUACUGCAUAACUGGAGUGUUGUGGCUGUGGUAAACAAUUUCACAUAAAUGCAAAAGUACACACAGCCACAGAACAUUGUUAUUGCUUGCUAUGUAUAUCUCCAUGUUUGAAAGCAGUUGUUUACAGUUUUAAUUCAUGAAAAUGGGUUGUGUUUCACCAGACAAUCCUUACCGACGAAGAAAUUGUUUCUCAACUUUCAGCAGAUAUUCCUUCCUGAUAGUGGUUGACAGCAGUAAAACAAUUUUUACAUUAUUACUCUCUCAUGAACAGAGAUCCACUAUCACGACAAAACCUAGUAGUAUCUCACCUGUUUUAUUUUAUUGCUUUGGCUGUUACUUAUUAUUAUAUAAAA